CAAAAAGAGAGAUAUUUCGAUGUGGUCGAACUCAUUGUCUUUAGUCAUUUAGCAGUUUUAUCAUUCAUAGAAACAUGAAUUACAUCAAGAUUCAUUGACCUAUUUUGAAGUUUCAAACAAUGGACAACUGACCAUGUCUUUCCUCCUAGGUGAUGAUGUGAUUCAAUUGAGCGGUCAGGACAUACAAGUGAACAAGAAGUUUGACCGUGAGACUGACACGACGCAUUUUGAGGGUCGAAUCAUGUGCAAAUUAGAAAACAAAGAGGGACUCACUCUCUUCCAAGUAUUCCAAAAUAUCAGCCUAAGAGUCAAAGAUGUGGAUGAUAAUCCUCCACAACCGCAAGAUAAGAUCUUGAUCCAAGUCAAGACAAGAGAUCUUACUCGGGGAGAUGUCAUCGAGUUUCCCACUAUCUUCUACGACCAAGAUCUGCCCGAGUCUAGUUUGUAUUCUUUGGAAUUCCCGGGAACUGAUUUCCUCAAGAAUGGAACAGUUUUAAAGACCAUGGCUUACGAAUGUCAUGGCCUCCAGAUAAUGGACAUUUGCCAACAAACCAACGGUCGAUUCAAUGGCACAGUCUUGUAUAUGGAGCCUAAGCGUUUGGAAGUGGUCAAAGAUGUACGAAUUCCACCCUCUGGAUUGGACAUUCAACUCAAAUGCCUGGAUUAUCAUAGCAUGUUUUUAAAUUCGUCUCAGGUGAGUGUGAGCCUCAUUUCUAAUCGAAUUGGAACUGGGAGCAGCCUCAGGGUUGAGAAGCAAUCUAGUAAUUGCCAUGGCCCCCAUGAAGUCUCUCGAGUCAAUCAAAGAGACUUGUUAGGCAAAUAAAAAAGAGCCUCUUGACAGAGAGACAGAGAGACAGAGAAGAAAGAGCUAGAAGAACGAGCAGAACGGGGGAGAGAAGGCACCACGUAGUACGUAUCUACAUGCAGCAGUGCCAUCGCCAGGCAAUUCUAGGGAAAUCAUUUUUCAAGCAUAUCUUAUCUCUGCGAGCUUUUGGAGGAUUUGUUUUACAACGGCAGUGAUAAAACAGAGUGGGCUGAAUGCUCCGGGAAGGAAUCGUCCUCGCUAAACAAAGCUCGCAAAUAUUACGAUGAAUUCAUGAACAGAUAAACUAGCCGCAUUCGUAGUUGCCAAAGUAAUUGCUCCCAUCAA